AUGUUUUCUUUCAUAAGCGCUCCGGCUGACACUUUUAUUGACCUGUCGAAUUGGGGCAAAGGUGUAGCAUGGUUGAACGGCUUCAACCUGGGAAGGUAUUGGAGUACUGCCGGUCCACAGAUGUACCUUUACGUGCCAGCUCCUCUGCUGUCGAGCGGAAAGAAUACAUUGGUUUUCUUGGAGCUGGAGAAGCUUUCAAGCGACUGCGCAUCUGGUGGAACUCCUUGCACUAUCAAUCUUUUGGAUCAUCCUUUGAAUUAUAAAUGA